GCUGGUUGUUGCUAAGGUUGCCUCCAUGGUAACAUGCACAUCCUGUUUACACCUCCAUCUGUGCAAGUUGGUCUAAGCUAGGAACCUACCUACCCUGGACAACCACUUCCAUCACCACCUGGGGACACCAGUCAUCGUGACACGCGGUCCGGUUCCACUCAGUUCCCCCAUCCUCUUCCUCCUCCUACUGCCAAACUUCAUACUCAGAAAAGGAUCUGGGCUACGGGUUGCUACUCUGAAGCUUAUUGCACAAGAUAUAGUAGAUCUAUUUACCAUCUGGGCUCCCAGUGAAGCAAAAAGUAAGAAGAAGUGAGGCAGAGAGGCAAGAGACCCUGAUCAGUGGAAGGGAAAUUUCACAUUUUCUCUGGCUGAGGGGCUUGGUAACAUCAGGCAAAAUGACAAACCCAACAGAACACGCCUUGCCAGCCAACUCGAUAAUUGAGAGCCAUGAAGGGGAAUUUGGCUGCACAGUAAUGGACCUGAGGAAGCUCAUGGAGCUGCGUUCAACUGAUGCAAUAAAUCAGAUCAAUGUCCACUAUGGAGGAGUAAUGAAUCUCUGCAGUAGACUGAAAACCAACCCUGUGGAAGGCCUAUCUGGAAACCCUGCAGAUCUGGAGAAACGUAAACAAGUAUUUGGACAAAACUUGAUUCCCCCCAAAAAGCCCAAGACCUUUUUAGAAUUAGUGUGGGAAGCCCUUCAAGAUGUCACACUCAUCAUCCUGGAGAUCGCAGCCAUUAUCUCCCUGGUCCUGUCCUUCUAUCGCCCCCCUGGGGAAGAAAAUGAACAGUGUGGUCUAGCCGUAACUAGCCCAGAAGAUGAAGGGGAGGCAGAAGCCGGUUGGAUUGAGGGGGCAGCCAUCUUAUUCUCAGUGAUCAUCGUGGUACUAGUGACUGCCUUCAAUGAUUGGAGCAAAGAGAAGCAAUUCCGGGGGCUGCAGAACCGCAUUGAAAAGGAACAGAAAUUCUCCAUUAUCCGAAAUGGUCACAUCAUUCAGCUCCCUGUGGCUGAGAUCGUGGUGGGGGACAUUGCCCAAAUCAAAUACGGUGACCUGCUGCCUGCAGAUGGAAUCCUGAUCCAGGGCAAUGAUCUCAAGAUUGACGAGAGCUCUCUGACUGGGGAAUCGGACCAUGUCAAAAAGUCCCUGGAAAGAGACCCCAUGUUGCUCUCAGGGACCCAUGUCAUGGAAGGUUCUGGCCGAAUGGUAGUGACUGCUGUGGGUAUCAACUCUCAGACUGGAAUCAUCUUUACCCUCUUGGGGGCCAGUGAGGGGGAAGAGGACGAGAAGAAGAAGAAAGGUAAAAAACAAGGAGUCCCUGAAAAUCGCAACAAAGCAAAGACUCAGGAUGGAGUGGCCUUGGAAAUCCAGCCACUCAACAGCCAGGAGGGGAUCGACAAUGAGGAAAAGGAGAAAAAGGCAGCCAAGCUGCCCAAAAAGGAGAAGUCGGUGCUGCAGGGCAAGCUGACGCGCUUGGCUGUACAGAUUGGGAAAGCUGGUCUGAUCAUGUCUGCAAUCACAGUUCUCAUCCUGAUUCUGUACUUUGUGAUCGACAACUUUGUGAUACAGCGCAGACCAUGGCUGGCUGAGUGUACUCCCAUCUACGUCCAGUACUUUGUCAAGUUCUUCAUCAUUGGCAUCACUGUGCUGGUGGUGGCUGUGCCAGAGGGGCUGCCACUGGCAGUCACCAUUUCACUGGCUUACUCUGUGAAGAAAAUGAUGAAAGACAAUAACCUGGUACGGCACUUGGAUGCUUGUGAAACAAUGGGCAAUGCCACAGCCAUCUGCUCUGAUAAGACAGGCACAUUGACCAUGAACCGCAUGACUGUGGUGCAGGCUUAUAUCGGAGAAACCCGUUACCAUCAAAUCCCAAGCCCUGACGUCCUCGUGCCCAAGGUCCUGGACCUUAUUGUCAAUGGUAUUUCUAUCAACAGUGCCUACACCUCCAAGGUUCUGCCUCCGGAGAAGGAGGGUGGCCUGCCGCGGCAGGUGGGCAACAAGACCGAGUGUGCCCUACUGGGCUUCGUCACGGACCUGAAGCAGGAUUACCAUGCCGUGCGCAGUGAGGUGCCCGAGGAGAAGCUCUACAAGGUGUACACCUUCAACUCGGUGCGCAAGUCCAUGAGCACCGUCAUCGAGAAGCCUCACAGUGGCUACCGCAUGUACAGCAAGGGUGCUUCUGAGAUCAUCUUGCGCAAGUGUAAUCGAAUCCUGGACAAGAAAGGGGAAGCAGUGCCAUUCAAGAAUAAGGACCGAGAUGAGAUGGUCCGCACCGUCAUCGAGCCCAUGGCCAGUGAGGGACUCCGGACUAUCUGCAUAGCUUACCGGGAUUUCAAUGACGGAGAGCCACCCUGGGACAAUGAGAGCGAAAUCCUCACUGAACUGACCUGUAUUGCAGUGGUGGGCAUUGAGGAUCCUGUGCGCCCAGAGGUGCCGGAAGCUAUUGCCAAAUGCAAACGAGCUGGUAUUACUGUCAGAAUGGUGACAGGUGACAACAUCAACACAGCCCGGGCCAUCGCCACCAAAUGUGGCAUUGUGACACCUGGGGAUGACUUUCUGUGCUUGGAGGGCAAAGAAUUCAAUCGACUCAUCCGAAACGAGAAGGGCGAGGUAGAGCAAGAAAAGCUGGACAAGAUCUGGCCUAAGCUCCGGGUGCUGGCGCGAUCUUCCCCCACUGACAAGCACACACUGGUGAAAGGCAUCAUCGACAGCACUGUUGGGGAACAGCGGCAGGUGGUGGCUGUCACUGGGGAUGGCACAAAUGAUGGGCCAGCUCUGAAGAAAGCAGAUGUUGGUUUUGCCAUGGGUAUUGCAGGCACGGAUGUGGCAAAGGAGGCCUCUGACAUCAUCCUAACAGAUGACAACUUCACCAGCAUCGUGAAGGCAGUGAUGUGGGGACGAAACGUCUACGAUAGCAUUUCCAAGUUCCUACAGUUCCAGCUCACUGUCAACGUGGUGGCUGUGAUUGUGGCCUUCACUGGAGCCUGUAUCACCCAGGAUUCCCCACUGAAAGCCGUGCAGAUGUUGUGGGUUAAUCUCAUCAUGGACACUUUUGCCUCAUUGGCCCUGGCCACAGAGCCUCCUACAGACUCUCUGUUGAAGCGUCGCCCUUAUGGCCGAAAUAAGCCUCUGAUCUCACGCACUAUGAUGAAGAACAUCUUGGGUCACGCCGUCUAUCAGCUCACUGUCAUCUUUUUCCUUGUCUUUGCCGGUGAGAAGUUCUUUGACAUUGAUAGUGGGAGGAGAGCACCUCUGCAUUCACCACCCAGCCAGCACUACACCAUUAUUUUCAACACCUUCGUGCUGAUGCAGCUCUUCAAUGAAAUCAACUCCCGCAAGAUCCAUGGAGAGAGGAAUGUCUUUUCAGGCAUCUUCCGCAACCUCAUCUUCUGCUCUGUGGUCUUGGGCACAUUCGUCAGCCAGAUUAUCAUUGUGGAAUUUGGGGGGAAACCCUUCAGCUGUACGAACCUCACCCUGUCCCAGUGGUUCUGGUGUCUCUUCAUUGGUUUUGGAGAAUUGCUGUGGGGCCAGGUCAUCUCCACAAUACCUACCCAAUCCCUGAAGUUCCUAAAGGAGGCUGGGCAUGGCACCACCAAAGAGGAGAUCACCAAAGAUGCUGAGGGGCUGGACGAGAUUGACCAUGCAGAGAUGGAGCUGCGCCGAGGCCAGAUCCUCUGGUUCCGGGGCCUGAACCGCAUCCAGACUCAGAUCGACGUAAUUAACACAUUCCAGACGGGAGCCUCUUUUAAGGGAGUCCUAAAGCGCCAGACCAUGGGUCAACACCUUGAUGUAAAACAUGUUCCUAGCUCAUCCUAUGUAACAGUUGCACCAGUCAAAUCUCCCCCCACCACUUCCGUUGCUGCUGCUGUUUCAUCUCCUACUCUGGGCAAUCAAAGUGGUCAGAGCAUUCCAUAGUUCCCUCCAUGAAAGCAUUCAGAAACCCAAGAACCAAAACUCCAUCCACAACUUCAUGACCCACCCUGAAUUCGCCAUAGAUGAGGAGGGGCCACGAACACCACUCCUGGAUGAACAAGAAGAGGAAACUUUUGAAAAGGUCUCUAAGCCUGGGACUAGGAUGCUCCCAUCGGAUGGUGAGGUCACUCCACAAGCCAACAAAAACAACAAUGCAGUGGAUUGCUGCCAAGUGCAUAUUGUUGCCUGCCACUCAGACAGCCCUCUACACAGCCUGGAGACAUCAGUUUGAACUUCAUUCUCUGACUCCAAUUCCUGCUUUCCCUAUUUCCCUUUUCAUCUACCCCGUCACUAAGGGGAUGAUGGGACUUUUCACUGUCAGGUCAGCUGCUCCCAAGUAUGUGUGAACCCCCACCUGGCCAUGAAGAGGCAAGAGCACAGACCUACGAGGACUUCAGCUGAAACCUGAGUUGGGGUUUGUAGCAGGACCCAGUUAGACCCCAGGCAAGUAAUGAAUGGUAGAUCUACUCCUUGCCUGUAUCAGUUGUCAUUUUUAAAGAAAUGACAAGAAUCCUUUUGGCAUUUACCCCAACCCAAAUUCUCACCAGUAUUCAUACCUGUGUCAGCCAUCUCCUCACUUCUGGAUUUUUACCCUAUGAGUCUGUGCUGUUUACAAGUUCAGUUAAAAGUUCAGAGUGACAAAUAUCCUCAAAUGAAAUGUGUUGAGGUAAGAAUGGAAGGUACAGAAUCAGCCUAUAGAGUGA